AUGUGGGCCCCAGCCCCUGAGGCCUGGCUGGGAAAUGAAGCCUUUCCCGCGGCUUUAGGAGCACUGUGGACAGCGAUGGCCUUGGAAGGGCGCUGUCUCCGGAGGGGAUCCCCGGCCAUGAUCAGAAAAGGCCGUCAGCGGCUUCAUCCGAAGCCAACUCUGGCCCAGGUCACUUCCACUCUGCUGUCAAGGACACGCCUACACGGUUUGCGGCAUAUUUGCGUCCCUGGUGGCUCUGUGGGCCGCAGGGCCUUCUGGCUUCUGGCACUCUGCACCUCUGUAGGGUUGCUUUUAUCUUGGUCCUCCAACCGCUUACUCCACUGGCUUUCCUUUCCCACAUACACGCGAGUCCACACUGAAUGGGCCAAAGAACUGGCUUUUCCUACAGUCACUAUCUGUAACAAUAACCCUAUCCGCCUCUACAAACUCACCAAGAGUGACCUGUACUUUGCUGGCCACUGGCUGGGCCUGCUGCUUGCUAACCGGACAGUGAGACCCAUGGUUUUGGACUUGCUUCAGGAGGACCGUCGCACCUGGUUCAAGAAACUGUCAGACUUCAGGCUCUUUCUCCCACCCAGAAACUUUGAAGGGACCAACCUGGAGUUUAUGGACAGACUGAGCCACCAACUGGAUGACAUGCUUCUGUCCUGCAAAUAUAGAGGAGAGCCAUGUGGAGCUCACAACUUCUCUUCUGUGUUCACCAGAUAUGGGAAGUGCUAUAUGUUCAACGCAGCAGAGGAGGGGAAGACGCUGCGCACCACCAUGAAGGGAGGGACUGGAAAUGGCCUGGAGAUCAUGCUCGACAUCCAGCAAGAUGAGUACCUGCCUGUAUGGGGCGACACAGAAGAUACAGCCUUUGAGGCAGGCGUGCGGGUACAAAUCCACAGCCAGGCGGAGCCUCCAUUCAUUCACGAACUGGGCUUUGGUGUGGCGCCUGGCUUCCAGACGUUUGUAGCAACACAGGAGCAGAGGCUGACCUACCUGCCUCCCCCAUGGGGCGAGUGUGAGUCGAAAGCUCUGGAGUCUGGCUUUUUCCAGGUCUACAGUGUAACUGCCUGCAGGAUCGACUGUGAAACACGCUACAUAGUGGAGAAUUGCAACUGCAGGAUGGUGCACAUGCCUGGAGAUGCUUCGUACUGCACACCUGAGCAGUACAAGGACUGUGCUGAGCCUGCCCUUGCUAAACUGUCUGCUGUGGAAAGCAGUAACUGCAUGUGCAGGACGCCAUGCAACAUGACCCGCUACAACAAAGAGUUAUCCAUGGUCAAAAUCCCCAGCAAGACUUCAGCCCGCUACCUGCAGAAAAAGUUCAACAAGUCAGAGAAGUACAUCACAGACAACAUCUUGGUGUUGGAUGUGUUCUUUGAAGCUUUGAACUACGAGACCAUCGAGCAGAAGAAAGCCUAUGAGGUGGCAGGCUUGCUGGGUGAUAUUGGUGGCCAGAUGGGUUUGUUCAUUGGAGCCAGCAUCCUCACCAUCUUAGAGCUGUUUGACUACGCGUAUGAGGUGGUGAAAGACAGACUACUGGACUUACUAAGCAGAGAGGAGGAGGAGGAGAGUCACGGAGAGGACGUGAGUUCCUGUGACCCUGUGGCAAACCACUCAGAGUCCAUCAGCCACACCGUGACUGUCCCCUUGCAGACAACACUGGGCACCCUGGAGGAGAUUGCCUGCUGAAGCCCGUCUCCCUUCCCCUCAGAGCAACACAUAUCCAGCGGCUGCCUCCACUAGGUGGCGCUACAUCCUUCGCUACGGCAUCCUGCAGGACCUUAAAAAGGGAGGGGAGGAGACAAGGACAAGAACACUGGUUGGUCUAAGGACAGCGCUUUGCUCUGUCACACCCCUCCCCCCCGUCUGAGGCACUAAUAGGGAUGAAGGAGCUGUCAGCUGGACUCAUCAGCACUUUUUGUCACCCUGCAAUGGGAGGGUGGCCUCUGCUGUGCCAAACCCGCAGUGGGGUCUGAGUCUCCACAUGCACGCACACACAAAAAAUGUGACUGGGUGGGACAAUAACCCAUAAAGGGGACGCAUCCCUGUGCAGCAUAUUUAUGUAAAAUAACACAAAUAUGUUGCUCACUGCCAAACGAACUGUACAAAAAUUGGUUUCGACUGUCCAAACUGCAUGCGUCGAUCUCUCUUGCUCUCUUUGCUGAUGCAUACGUUGGACUGCAGUGUUGCUUUACUCUAUAUGUGCGCCAUUUGCCCCGCCCCCCCAUCUGCAGCACAGGCCUGUAACAAGGGCCCAGGUGAGACAUUGAACUUCGAAUGUACAGAUUGAACGUGUGGUUGUUUAAAAUCAUAGUUCAGGUUGUGACCAAACCUUCUCUUGAAUCUAUUCUAAUGAGCAGUUUAUCAUUUAUUACAAAAUGCAGCUAAUUAUCUUUGAAGUAGAAGGAGUUGGUGAAGUGUGAGGGAGGAAUAAAACUAUUUUUUGCUUUGUUUAUUGCAAACAGUGUGAACAUUUAGGAGCCCACAUUUUGCAUAUUCUUUUCACCUUUCAGUUUCUGUUUAACGAGUUUACUCGAAGGCAAGUUUGUUGCAGUGCUAAGCCCUUCUUUACAGGCAUCUUUAAAAUGAUGCCGUAUGCUUACAUUUAAUUUAUGUGAAUAAAGGACUUGCUUCUGGCCGCUGCACUUCACCAGAGGAUUUAUUUGCCUGCCAGACAGCAAGCCUUGUACAAAACACUGCAGUAAAUGAAUACGACCAGAGAGUUGUUAAACCAUUAUUUCAUUAAGAGAAUGUCAGGGUGAAAUUUUGGACAGCUAUUACCAUUUUAUCAAGAAUGGCAUCGUUUUGUCCUCGGCCAAAAGAAAUCCCCAAGCUUAACAAUUUUAAACCAUUUUCAUGAUUAUAAAAAUGAUUACAAAAGCACCAUGAGGAGUGUUUGGCCAGGAUGUUUGUUAGGAUACAGGGUCUGCUGUGUUAUGGUGUAAAUAAUUGUGUUUUAUUUUCUCUCUAUGGCUUUCAUAAAAACGGGUACCACGCAGAGAUGCCUGACGCAACUCUUAUUCAAAAGAACUUUGGUGAAACGUCAACUCCAGGUCCACAAUUGACUGCAUAUAUGUCACGUUUCUUUAAGAAUAUUACUCAUUCAGCAGUUCUAAGUAGGCCAGUAUGUUAUUGAGGUAGUUGAAUGUCGUGCUAAAAAUGAACGACCCAUGCUUUUCAGUACAGGUUUAGCUGAACCUUGAGUGUACUCAAAAGCAACCAUUACAUACGUGGCUUCACACCAAAAGCUUUUGUGAUACUACUCGGAAGAUUUAGUGUAUCUGAGUUUUUUGGGUUUGUUUGCUUGGGUUUUUUUUUUUUUAUUUCUAGCCCAUGAUCAUCCUGGCUUGGUCUCUGUCAUCAUGGUAAUAUACAUUACAGGUAGGAAUGAAUUCAAGUGCUUUGUUAGACUGUUUGAAUUAUGAUUUCCAUCUGUGGCUCAACCUGCUGUCUGUGUGUAUCUCAUGUUGUGGCUUCAGACGAACAGAGUCCUCAGCUACCCUGCAGGGGGGAACGUAAACGUGUCUCUUCUCUCGCCGGCACCGACACUGGCUGUUUCUUCUGUCUACGUCAGCUUCAGUUGUUAUUGGAGGACAGCGUUUUCUCAUUUUGUGAUGCGGCAUACAGUGUGUGUUUU